AUGACAUCCCAUCAACUACCGGCAAAAAAGUAUACUUUUCUGCUGCACACAUUCUGUGCAACCGGUCAUGUCCUCCCCAUGCAGGCUGUGGCCAAGGCCCUGGUCCAACGCGGCCACCGGGUCAUUUGGUUGACCAACCCUUCUCAGUCAUCGCGUGUGAUGGCCUCGGGCGCCGAGUUUGCCCAGACCGAGGCCCUUUUGGAAUGGGAUGAGCGCCUCCUGGCUGCUCAACCUGCCUCCCUCCAAGAUCUGGCCGAUGUGCUUUUUGGCGGCCGCGUCGAAGCCGUAGUGGCUGAUAUGCGCCGUGUGCUGAAGGAAAAGGGCGACCCCCACAUCGACUGUCUGGUCAACGAUGCCAUGCCAUAUGGGGCCAAGGCCAUGUUCGAUCUCGGCGCUGUGGGGGCCUGGGCCACGCUGGGAGUCGUUCCAAUGUAUACGGAUCACAACAAGCCUCUGUCGGCACUGGGCACGCUGCUGACCACGCCGACGCUUGCCUUGCCAGUCAUCAACCGCCAGCGCUCAGGGCUCGGACUCUCGGAACAGACACCGAAGGAGCCCUUCAACUAUAGCCCCCUGCUGCACAUCCAGGCCUCUUGUGAAGAUCUCGAGUUUGGAGUCCAGGAUCUGCUGCCAAACGCACAUUUUGUCGGUCCACUAGUUUCUUCAGCCGGUACAGUCUCAACCGAAUUACCAUCCUGGUGGGCCGACGUCGAGAAUCAUGAAUGCGUCAUUGGCAUCACUCAGGGCACCUACGCCGUGGACCCGUCUACGCUAUUGAUUCCAGCCAUCGAAGCGCUAUCCAGCGACAAGAGUCUGUUGCUGGUUGUGCCAUCACCGCUGGCCGACAAGAUCCGUACCGAGCUGACGGGGAAAGGCGUCCCCCUGGACAAUGUACGCCUGGCCGAGUGGGUUCCCUACAGCGAGCUUCUACCACGCUGCCGGGCCUUGAUCACCAAUGGUGGUUACGGCAGUGUCACGCAGGCGCUCGCCAACGGGAUUCCCCUCAUCUGUGCAGGUACCUCGGAGGACAAAAAGGAUACAGCGGCGAGGGUUGUAGCGGUUGGCGCCGGAAUUGAUUUGCAGACCGACACACCAAAGGCUGAGGACAUCAAAAGUGCCGUCAAGACCGUGCUGGAGGAUUCAUCCUUUGCGGAAAGGGCGGCCGCAGUAGGAAAGAGUUUGAAUAAUUUGGGUGGCGCCACCAGGGUCUGUGAACUUCUUGAAGGCUUGGUUGAGAGAGUAAGGGCCUAG